UCUAGAUCGCCUCAUGCUCUCCGGGGUUGUCACUAUAUACUUGGAUCUUGCAAGAAAAGUUCAGCAGAGCUAUGAAGUGGCUACAAGAUUUAUACCAAAUCCUUGUUGUUGUCGCCUCUUUAAUAGAAGACCGUAUCUGGCCGCCAUGUGAUCGCCUGGCUUGUUAUAUGAGUGGAGUGCCCGCGAGCUGUGAGUGCUGUCCUACAGAGGGAGUCAUCAACGUCACAGGUCUGCAGUAUGAUCUGGACACCAAAUUAUUUGGGCAGCACCUAGCCAAGGAGGUCAUCAUCAAAGUAAUGCAGAAUGAAGAACGUCUCAAACCCCUCGUCCUCUCCUUUCACGGGCUGACCGGCAGCGGCAAGACUUACGUCAGUCAGAUUCUGGCCAAACACUUUAAUCCAAGGGGCGCCAAGAGCAACUUUGUGCAUAAGAUCGUGGCAUCGGCUGCUUAUCCUCAUAAAAGUCAAGUGGAAACAUACAAGGACCAGUUGCAUGCAUGGAUCAAAGGGAACGUGUUACGUUGUGACCGCUCUAUCUUCAUAUUUGAUGAGGUUGACAAAAUGCCCGUAGAACUCUUACACUCCCUGAUGCCUUAUCUAGAUUAUCAUGACGACAUUGGUGGCGUGUCUUACAGAAGGAGCGUUUUCAUCUUUAUGAGUAAUACUGGAGCACAAUUUAUCUCUGAUAUGGCUUUGGAGUAUCGGAGGCGAGGAAAGAAAAGGGAGGAGAUCAAACUCUGUGACAUAGAAACUGAAUUAUCUUCACAUUUGCUAACAUCAAUGAAAAGUGAAUUUUAUGACUGCGACCUUAUUAAAAGAAAAGUUAUUGACAUCAUUGUGCCCUUCCUGCCUUUGGAACUGGAGCAUGUGGAGAUGUGUGUGAGGGCAGAACUGAAGCGAAGAGGAAGAACAAUAGAUGAAGAGGUUGUUUCUAGAAUUGCCAAGGACAUGCGAUAUUACCCCAAGGGGGAGAACAUUUUUUCUGACAAUGGCUGCAAAAAUGUGCAUGUACGAGUGAAAUUUUGA